UAAAGCGGGGGGCUUCGAGAGCAGUGACCCUAACUUCAGUGUGCGCCCUGACGGCUCGGUGUACGCGGAGCAGGAGGUGGCCAACCUGUCAGAACCGAUCCAGUUCAUGGUGACCGCCCGCGGAGGUCAUGACCCUCACAUCUGGGAGACCACGGUCAAGCUGGCCUUGGUUGGACACCAGCCCUCUGUCCCUGUGAGUCAGAUUGGAGUGGAGGAUAUGAUUGCAAGGGCCUGGGACUCUAAUCCCAGGGUUAUCAAGUUUCCACAGAAACAUCAAAAAAGCUCCUCUGCCAAUGGACUGAGACGACAGAAGCGGGACUGGGUCAUCCCACCAAUCAAUGUGCCUGAAAACUCCAGAGGACCCUUCCCACAAAUGCUUGUCAGAAUCCGCUCGGACCAGGACCUGGAGAAAGGGAUCCGCUACAGCAUCACUGGAGCAGGGGCGGACCAGCCUCCCAUUGAUGUGUACAACAUCGACCCUGUGCACGGCAAGAUGUUUGUCACCAGACCCCUGGACAGAGAGGAGAGGGCCUCCUACCAUCUGCGGGCCCAUGCUGUGGACAUGAAUGGGAACAAGGUGGAAAGCCCCAUAGACCUAUACAUCUACGUCAUCGACAUGAAUGACAACCGGCCAGAGUUCCAGAACCAGGUCUACAAUGGCUCUGUGGCUGAAGGCUCAAAGCCAGGCACGUUGGUGAUGCAAGUGACAGCCAACGACUCAGAUGACGACACCACAGCCAAUGGGAUGGUGCGCUACCGGAUCCUGUCCCAGACCCCCCACAUGCCCAUCCCCAACAUGUUCACCAUCAACAGUGAGACGGGAGACAUCUUCACCAUGGCUGCUGGCCUGGAUAGGGAGAAAGUGUCCCAGUACAUCAUCAUCGUCCAGGCCACGGACAUGGAGGGGAACCUGAACUUUGGCCUGUCCAACACGGCCACCGCCCUCAUCUCUGUGACCGACAUCAACGACAACCCUCCCGAGCUGACCGCCAGGACGUUUUCGGGGGAGGUCCCAGAGAACAGUGUGAAUGUGGUGGUGGCCAACCUGACAGUGAUUGACAGGGAUCAGCCCCACAGUCAUAACUGGGCUGCCCAGUACCGCAUCGCCAGCGGAGACCCCCAGGGUCACUUUCUCAUCCGCACCAACCCUGUCAACAACGACGGCAUGGUCACUGUGGUCAAGCCGGUGGACUAUGAGCAGAACAGGGCCUUCAUGCUGACUGUGAUAGUCUCUAACAAGGCCCCCCUGGCCAGUGGGAUCCAGUCUUCUCUCCAGUCUUCAGCGGGGGUCACCAUCUCCGUACAGGACGUCAACGAAUCCCCUGUCUUCCCCACCAACCCCAAGUCCAUCCGUUUUGAGGAGGGUGUCCCUGCAGGCACCACACUCACCGUGUUUGCUGCCCAAGACCCUGACCUCUUCAUCCAGCAAACUGUCAGGUACUCCAAGCUGUCUGACCCCGCUAACUGGCUGAGGAUCAACAGGACCAAUGGUCAGAUCACCACCAUGGCUGUGCUGGACAGGGAGUCUAUGUACGUCAGGAACAACAUCUAUGAGGCCACCUUCCUGGCUGCCGACAAUGGUUCUCCCCCGGCCAGUGGAACAGGUACUCUGCAGAUCCAUCUGAUAGAUGUGAAUGAUAAUGCUCCGGUGAUGAUGCCCAAGGAGGCCCAGUUGUGUGAACGCGCCAAUCCCCGCUCCAAGGUCAACAUCACAGCCUCCGAUGCCGACGCUGACCCCCAUGUGGGACCCUUUGUGUUCGAGCUGCCCUCCUACCCCUCCAGCGUCCGACGCAACUGGACCAUCUCCCGGAUCAGCGGUGACUAUGCCCAGUUGAGACUGAGGAUUCCCUACCUGGAUGCAGAGGUGUAUGAUGUUCCCAUCAUCGUGUCGGACUCCGGUAACCCGCCCCUCUCUAACAGGUCCAUUAUAAAGGUCAAGGUGUGUCCGUGUGAUGACAACGGAGACUGUACUACCACCGGAGCUGUGGCUGCCUCCGGACUGGGGACCGGAGCCAUCAUAGCCAUACUCAUCUGUAUCAUCAUACUGCUUAUCCUGGUGCUAGUGUUUGUGAUGUGGAUGAAGCGCAGGGAGAAGGAGCGUCAGGCCAAGCCCCUGCUGAUCGACCCAGAGGAUGACGUCAGAGACAACAUUCUGAAGUACGACGAGGAGGGAGGAGGAGAGGAGGACCAGGACUAUGACUUGAGCCAGCUGCAGCAGCCUGAGUCUGUGGAGCACAUAAUCAGUAAACCAGUGGGGGUGCGCAGGGUGGACGAGAGGCCCAUCAUCGCUGAGUCCCAGUACCCCGUCAGACCCAGCCUGCCCCACCCUGGAGACAUCGGAGACUUCAUAAACGACGGUCUGAGGGCGGCGGACAACGACCCCACGGCCCCGCCCUAUGACUCCCUGCUGGUGUUUGACUAUGAGGGCAGUGGCUCCACGGCCGGCUCUGUCAGCUCCCUCAACUCCUCCAGCUCAGGAGACCAGGACUACGACUACCUCAACGACUGGGGACCCCGCUUCAAGAAGCUGGCAGACCUCUACGGCGGGGGAGACGACUGAG